UCCUCAACUCACUUGUCAACGGCUACAAAUACUUCUUUACCAAUUUUACUCAGAUCAUUUUACUUAGAUAUUUUACUCACUGGGAUAAUACAAAGGCUCUGUCUGACACUUUUUAGUAUAGCCUACAUGAAUAAUUUUACCUACAUUUCUGUCAAAUAAUAAGGGUGUUUUAUUGAAACUUAUUGCAAUGUGUAUAACAUUAUUUUGUUUGUUGCUACAACUCUGGGUGUCAGUUGCUCGAUAGCUGUGGUACAGUUGAGGGCAGCAGUGAACACCCUCAUCCCAGUAGUUUUUUUUUGUGUGCACUUGUAUCAUCUGGCAUCAUAUAGUGUCUUUGAUGUAGUACACUACAGUUUAAGUCAACCGUGCUGCCCCACAACAGGUUUCUCUUUCACCAAGACCGAGCUCAGAUAUUCUGUCAUCUCUGCUUCUCUGUAUGACUGUGUCCCGCCCAGUGGCUGUUAGUAUCCAUUGCUUCUAACUACCACUCAAAAGGUAUGACUUCCUCACUGGAGCUACUAGUCCCCUCCAUAAAGGCACAUUCACAUCGGCCUUGUGCUGAAAUACUGAAAGGAGGGCUGCUAUGCUAAUGUAAUGGAGUUCUCUAGUUCCAUUCACAUUAAUGAAAGAUUUCCAUGGAAGUUGGCAUCACUCGACACUGCAGCCAUGGGAUAGUGAACCAAUCAAAAGUGGAUUGAAGAGUAGCCUUUUCCCCGUAACCCAAUCAGCAUUGUGUAUGCAUGAGCCACUACCACACCCUGCCCUUACAUGGCACGGAGGACUGGCCAAGGUCUACAGAUGGAUGUAAAGGCUGCUAGUUCAGAGAGGGCCACAAUACUAAGACCACUACAACUACUACUACUACAACAGAACCACAACUACCAAGAGCACUACUACAGAACCAGGAGGGGAACAGCUUCCGACUUGUCUCAGGACGACAGUGAAGUCGUAUGUGUAGCAGCAGCUAUGGACAAGGAGACAGUGGUCAUAAUCCUACAAGGCAUGGAGAAAGACUCCUCCUUCGCCGCCACCAUCAACCCACUCUUCGACAUAGUCACUGCAGUGGUGAAGGUGACAAAGGACCUGGUCGCCAAAGACCUCACCCAAGACCUGGACACCCAACAAUUGGGCCACAUCCACGCCAAGCUGGAAAGCAUCUCCAAGACAAACCAGCAGAUUCUGAAGCAGAUUCACCUGAACGAGGUCAAUGAGAAGUACAGCAAGUAUGAGGAGUAUAUCAAGCACCAGUACACCGCUCUCAACACCAUGGUGAAACAGUUCAAUAACGACCCUGAGGGAAGAGAGCGCCACAUGAAAGAUUUCCAGGAAGUCUAUGAGAGAGACAAGGAUACCCUUGCUCUAGACACAUACUACAGCAGUGUCAUAAAAGAGAAUAAAACUUUUGAACAAAGGGGUUUGCUGGAGGUGUACCUAGAGCACUACAAGCAAAACCGAGACGUCAUGGAGAAAAAGUGUUCCCAACUGGCUAAUGUCUUUCACAUGGGCCUGAUGACACUAAUGGCAUAUACGGUGGUCACAGAGGAUGAUGAGGUUGAAGUCAGGGAGAAAUGGGCCCCCAGGGUGAAGAAGAUUCAGGCCAAGAUGGAUGAGGCGCUGGCCCAGUGUGAGGGGAACUGAUCCUCAUCCACUCCCAGGGUCGGGUGGGCAUAUGAGGGCUUUAAAGGGAUACUUUGGGAUUUUGGCAAUGAGGCCCUUUAACUACUUCACCAGACUCAGAUGAACUCAUGGGUACCAUUUUUAUGUCUGUGUCCAGUAUGAA